AUGGCCGAUCGUGGGGCCGAUGAGCCAUCCUCCAGGACAGAGAGUCCGGAUGGAGAAAGCCGGGUCUCUGAGGACAGGUGUUCAGUCCACCAGAGGCUGGCCAUCAGGGAGCUCAUUGACACCGAGGUCUCCUACUUGCACAUGCUCCGGCUCUGCGCCUUGGACAUCAGGAGUCGCCUGAAGCAGCUGCCACAGGGAGAUCUGGAUGUGUUGUUCUCAAACAUCGAUGACAUCAUCAAGGUGAACAGCAGAUUUCUUCAGGAUCUGCAGGGGACAGACGCCAUGGAGGAGAAACAAGUGCAGCUCAUUGGUAACUUGUUCCUGGAAUUCCAAGAGGAAUUGGAGCGAGUCUAUAAGGUCUACUGUGCCAACUAUGACCAGGCCUUGCUGCUGGUGGAGUCGUACCGAAGGGAGCCAGAGCUGCAGCGGGAGAUCCAGGCCAUCAUCGAGGCAGUGGUGCCACAAGCUGGACCCUCAGGCCUCAGUUUCUUACUGGUCAUCCCUUUGCAGAGGAUUACCAAGUACCCACUGUUGCUGCAGAAAAUUCUGGAGAACACACUUCCCAAUGCCAGUGCCUAUUCUGUCCUCCAGAGGGCUACCUCUGCCCUCCAGGAUGUGAACACCAACAUCAACGAGUACAAGAGGCGCAAGGAAGUGGCUUCCAGGUACACCAAAGUGGAGCAUCUUACCCUCCGGGAGCGGCUGGCCCGCAUCAACACGCACACCCUCUCCAAGAAGACCACCCGGCUGAGCCAGCUGCUGAAGCAGGAGGCGGGGCUCGUGUUGAGGACAGAAGACAAGGAAUUUGAUGACUUGGAAGAGAGGUUCCACUGGGUGUCGCUGUGUGUGACUGAGCUGAAGAACAAUGUGGCAGCUUACCUGGACAAUCUGGAGGCUUUCCUCCGCUUCCGGCCGCAGCAGUAUGACCUGGACAUGCCCGCGGGGCCUGUGGGGCAGUAUUGCAACCUGGCAAGAGACCUUCAGCUCCAGGCCUUCCCUGAGUUUAAGCAGCGGCUGGAAGACCUGGUGUGGCAGCCGCUGUGCAGCCUGGCCAAAGCACUGGCUGGUCCUCAGAACCUGAUCAAGAAACGUCUGGACAAACUUCUGGACUUUGAGCGGCUGGAAGAGAAGCUGCUGGAGGAGGGCAGCGUGACCUACGAGGAGGAGGAGGCCCGGCACACGUACCAGGCUCUCAAUUCCCUGCUGGUGGCCGAGCUCCCGCAAUUUAACCAGCUGGCCAUGCAGUGGCUGGGCCAGAUCCUGGGCACAUUCAUGGCUCUCCAGAGGGACCUUGCAAAGCAAGUGUUGCAGAGGGCAGAGAGCAGCUUGGCCCAGCUGCCCCACCACCACCUCUCGGAGCCAGCCUUCAGGAAGCUGGUGGAGGAUGCACUGGGCCAGACCGGUCAGCAGCUUCGCUCCUUUCAAGAGAACUUUGAGAAGGAGCUGACACCUCCCACUGUUCAACCACUCCUUCCAGGAGCUGAACGCCAGGUGCAGGCUCUCCUGACCAAGUACGGCCCCGGAAAGCUGUACCAGGUGACAAGCAACACCAGCGGCUCUAGGACUCUGGACCUGUCAUUGCCUCGGGGCCAAGUCGUGGCCCUCCUGCAAAACAAGGACACCAAAGGCAACAGCAGCCGCUGGCUGGUGGACACCGGGGGACAUCGAGGGUAUGUGCCCGCUGGGAAAUUGGAGCCGUACCAGAUCGUCCCCCGGGAGGAGAAGCUCGGGGGGCAGGCGGGGCCUGGUGAGGCCUCCCGGCAUCCAGCACCGGAUCCCAGCCCAGGCCUGGUGGCCGCUGUUCCAACCGGGACCCAGGUGGUCGCAAUGUACCCCUUUGUGGCCAGAAACAGCCAAGAAGUGAGCCUGCAGGCAGGCCAGCCAGUGGCCGUCCUGGAGCCCCAGAACAAGAAGGGGAACCCCGAAUGGAGCCUCGUGGAAGUGGACGGACGGAGGGGAUAUGUGCCUGCCAGCUUCCUGGCCAGGGCCCCGAGCCCGGCUCCCUGGGGCUGGAGUCUGCCCUCCUAG